CGCCAGAAAGCGGGACAAUGGCAGCAGCAUCGGAGCUCGGAGAGCGCGGCUUUUUGCGCUUGGUGAACUUGCUUACAGGGAAAUGACGCGCACACUCUCGAAAUCAUCAUCCUUUGUCAGGCCAUUGUUCGCAAACGCAUUGUAGCAGUAAGUGAGCUUCCAAAGAGCCUUUUUUCGUCAAGUCCGAAAAAACAUCGCAAACAGCGCCCCUCAGCGACGCACGCCUGAAAUCUGCGACAACCUCAACCACCAAACACAAUACGCCCAAAAAUACGCCCUCGAUGGCCCUUCCAGCCUUGAACGCGCUGGAGGAGUGCUCCGAUUUCUCAAAGACAGUCGAGCCCUUCCUCCCUCAGCUCUACGAGCUUCCCAACAAGCUUGCCGAGGUCUUUACGUCAGGUGGAAGCCUGCGCGCGCUCUAUCUCGGCACCAACCCGCUCAUCUCCGCGUUCGCCUUUUCGCUCGUGCUCGGCUUCGUCUUCUUGGUUGUCUCCGAGAUCAACAAGAACUAUUCACAAGUUGACAGAUGUUGGAGCCUGUUGCCCACGGUCUACCUAGCCCACUUCGACGUGUGGGCGCGCAUGGCUGGUCUGCCUAGCGAGAGACUGGAUACCGCCCUCUUCUUUAGCACCGUUUGGAGCAUUCGAUUGACCUACAACUACGCGCGAAAGGGAGGAUACAACGUUGGCUCUGAGGAUUACAGAUGGGAGAUUGUCCGCAAAAACGCUCCAGCAUGGGCCUUCCACCUCCUCAAUGUAGUCUUCAUCUCUUUCAUCCAGAGCAUCCUCCUAUUUUUGAUCGCCGCCCCCGCAUACCCGAUGUUGCUGGCCAUACAGUUCGAGCCGCAGGCCUCUACCGCAGACUAUGUGUUCAUGUCCAUCCAGCUCGGGCUUGUUGCCCUGGAGUGGUUUGCGGAUCAGCAACAGUGGGACUUCCAUGGCGCCAAAAAGCAAUAUCAGGAGUCUGCAAAGGUUCCUCAAGGAUACACGCACGCCGAGGUGGAGCAAGGGUUCGUCUCAAGUGGUCUUUGGGCUUACAGCCGGCACCCCAACUUUGCCGCCGAGCAGACCAUCUGGUUCCUGCUCUACCAGUGGAGCUGUUAUGACACAAAGGUCCUGUACAGCUGGGCUGCUGUUGGCUCGGUGUCUCUGCUCUCGCUGUUCCAGGGUUCCACAUGGCUCACUGAGCUCAUCACUUCUGGAAAGUACCCGGACUAUAAGGACUAUCAGAAGCAGGUUGGCAUGUUCGGUACCUACAGGACCGGCCUACCAGGCAAGGGCUAUUUCCAAGAAACCCAAGAUCAUCAAGACAAGCGAGCUUGCCAAGAAGAACGAGAAGAAGAAGCACAAGUAAAUACUUGAUGCUGUAUCCGAAUCCCUCCGAGAAACCACUCACUGUUAGAACUACUAAUGGAACCGACUCUGACUCUGACGGUAUUCAUUUAUCUAUUAGCGUAUUAACGAGCGAGGCGUAAUCAUUUGGAUAUAAUUAAAGUAUAAUACAGUGCGGUUCUGAAUGCAGUGCA